AAUGGGAGUGGAUUGGGGGAUGCCAAGAGUGCCUCGGCGGCUCCCAUCCUGCCCAACAGACAAAGCAGAUAUAAUCCAGCCCCCACUCCAUCCCACCUAAAGCCGUGAGAUUUGAGUCCUCCUCUGACUGGGAAUUAGGGCUCCUGACUUCCUUUCCCUAGGAGCUGGACACUGGGAGGGGAAGGGUGGUGGAAAGGCACCUUCCAGUUAUCCUGGAGAAAAACAAGGAGACAAGGCAUCUCCUAGACCCCUCUAAGCCACAGAGGCUAGGGAAGGGUAAUUGUGCCCUUCGAGGGCUUUAAUGUCUCCUUCCCAGGCCCCCAGGGGGCUGGAGCUCUCCCCGCCCUAGUAGACCCUCGGGGACCUCGGCUCUGUAUUGACAGUGAAAGCCUGAUUGAGGGUUUGGGGGGAUGGUCCUCCCCAUUCCAGGCCCGGCCUGAGGAGCCGGGGUUCGCCAGGACAAGGGGUGUGCGCUAUCUCCUCCCCUUUCUCCUCCUCCGCUGGCCCCCUCCCCUUCCUCCUCCUAUCCCCUCCCCUGCCCAGAGCAGCCGCUGUUGCCUUCCAGCGGGAGGAUCCGGGUGUCAGUCCGUCCUGGGAGAAACGAUCUCGGCUGCGGGUUUGGCAGAGGGAAGAGCCCGCCCUCGGGAUCAGCACCCCUGCUCCCCGACCCCGGGCUCCGGGGCGUCCAGGAGCCCCGGGACAGGGUCUCCAACCCCGGGGGCCAACUGCCUCAGUCAUCGGUGGAGAAAGCGGAGAGAGGAGAGGGAGAGCCGGAGCGAGGAGGUGGAGAAGGAGGAGGAGGAGGAGGAAAGAGAGAGGGAAAGGGAGAAGAGGAGCGGCCGCGGCCAAGAGCGGGGAGGACAGGAGCGGAGUGGAUCUGGCGGUCUCGAUCGCAAGUGGGCUGGGGAAUCGCCGCUGCUCCUCUGUGGUGUCAGGACCCGGCUGGGCCAGGUGGGGGAGGCCAAGGCACCGCCUUCAGUGACCUCAAGAGCCUCCUUAUCAAGGGAGGUCACUGGGUGGGGCCGGCGGUGGGGGGUGGGAGGCGGCAGAGGGUCCGUUCUGCGGCUCCUUGACCAAGUCCAGCAGAGCGGGCGGCUUCCUGACCCUCCCCUCUUCUGGGGAGGGGGGCGGGGACACCCCCUGCAGCAUGAGCUGGGAGCCAGGCCUGGGACAGGGCCGUCGGGGGGGCGGCCCCACAACCGGGUGAUCCGCCUCCCCUAGGCAGACAGAGGCGGCGACAGGGCCGCUGCCGCUGCUGCCGCUUCGGGCAAUGGCUGAAGCUGGUACCGGGAGGGACGCAGACUUGGUGCCUUCCAGGCCCCGGGCCCGCCUGGGCUGAUGACCGGGGGAGGUUGAGGCUUAGUCCACUGAUGUGAAGAGAGGACGCCGGAGAGGGAGAAAGAAGAAGAGGAAGGAGGAAGGGGCCAGACAGGAUCGCAGGGGCGUGACCCCACCCUCCUUUGCCAGGAUUUUGCCCGAGAUUGCUGCCUUCCAGGAUCGCGGGACCCAGGAGUCCGGGGCCCAGUCCCUCCAGGUGGAGGCAGGAAAGCCAGAUUGAGGGGGCUGGCUGCUGGCCCCUCUUGUAGCAUCAGGCCCUUGGAGGCCUGAACUGGACCAUUCACUGACUCAUGGACAUCAGCUGCUGCAGGGUACCUCAGCAGAAGGUGGUUUAGCUGGGGUCAGGGAGGCCUCUCUUGCUUCCUGACCCCUUCCCCUUUGAGAGGAAGGAGAAGGGAACCAUUGGACUUUCUCAGCCCUCCACUCCCCCUCUCCUGGGGACCCUCAGGUGUGGUUGCACCAUGUCCAGGCCAGGCCCAGGGGCGCUGAUCUCUAUGAACGGUCUGGGUUUCCCACCCCAAAACCUGGCGAGGGUGGUGGUAUGGGAAUGGCUGAACGAAUACAGCCGCUGGCGUCCCUACACGGCCACCGUGUGCCACCACAUCGAGAAUGUGCUCAAGGAGGACGCCAGGGGCAGCGUGGUCCUCGGACAGGUGGACGCCCAGCUGGUGCCCUACAUCAUCGACCUGCAGUCCAUGCACCAGUUUCGCCAGGACACAGGGACGAUGCGGCCAGUGAGAAGGAACUUUUACGACCCGUCCUCUGCACCGGGCAAGGGCAUCGUGUGGGAGUGGGAGAACGACGGGGGCUCCUGGACGCCAUAUGACAUGGACAUCUGCAUCACCAUCCAGAAUGCCUACGAGAAGCAGCAUCCGUGGCUCGACCUCUCCUCGCUAGGCUUUGGCUAUGUGAUUUAUUUCAACAGCAUGUCUCAGAUGAACCGGCAGACCCAGCGGAAAAGGCGCGUGAGGCGGCGGAUGGACCUGGCCUACCCGCUGACCAUCGGCUCCAUCCCUAAGUCCCAGUCCUGGCCGGUGGGCGCCAACUCGGGCCAGCCGUGUUCCUGCCAGCAGUGCCUGCUAGUCAACAGUACCCGAGCUGCUUCAAACGCCAUCCUUGCCUCUCAGAGGAGGAAGAUGUACCAGGCCUCGGGCACCGGCACAGGGACGGGCACUUUGCCCGUGCGCCAGAGUAACACCUUCAACGGGACCGGGACGACACUGUGGACUGGGGGUACCGGCCCCGCCGGAGGGGCGGCCAAAGGGGAGCCCGGGCGGUCACCCGGGGGGGUUCCGGGAGGCAACUUUUCCCGGAGUCAGAGUGCCCCUGGAGGUGCCCAACUCCCCAGACAAAACAAUCUGAAUAGGCCUGGGACUCAACGUGUGGCGGUCCUGAGCACCAGGGCAUCGAUCCCACCUGGGGUCCCAGCGCUCCCUGUGAAGAAUCUGAAUGGCACAGGACCUGUGCACCCAGCUUUGGCAGGGAUGACGGGAAUCUUGAUGUGUGCAGCAGGGCUGCCGGUCUGCCUGACCCGGGCUCCCAAACCCAUCCUACACCCACCUCCCAUUAAUAAAAGUGACAUCAAACCUGUGCCCGGGAUCCCAGGCAUCUGUCGGAAAACCAAGAAGAAACAUCUGAAAAAGAGUAAGAAUCCUGAGGAUGUGGUUCGAAGAUACAUGCAGAAGGUGAAGAAUCCACCUGAUGAGGAUUGCACCAUCUGCAUGGAGCGACUGGUCACUGCAUCCGGCUACGAGGGCGUUCUCCGCCACAAGGGCGUGAGACCAGAGCUUGUAGGCAAGCUGGGCAAGUGUGGGCACAUGUACCACCUCCUGUGCCUGGUGGCCAUGUACAACAAUGGUAACAAGCAGGAUGGCAGCCUCCAGUGCCCCACCUGUAAGGCCAUUUAUGGGGAGAAAACAGGGACUCAACCCCCUGGGAAGAUGGAAUUCCACCUCAUCCCCCAUUCACUCCCUGGCUACACGGACACCCAGACUAUCCGCAUCGUCUAUGACAUCCCCACUGGGAUCCAGGGUCCUGAGCACCCCAAUCCUGGCAAGAAGUUCACGGCGAGAGGCUUUCCCCGGCACUGCUAUCUGCCUGACAACGAAAAGGGCCGCAAGGUGCUCCGACUGCUCAUCAUGGCCUGGGACCGGAGGCUGAUCUUCACCAUUGGCACGUCCAACACGACGGGUGAAUCGGACACCGUGGUCUGGAACGAGAUCCACCACAAGACGGAGUUCGGCUCCAACCUCACUGGGCAUGGCUACCCAGACCCCAACUACCUAGACAACGUCUUGGCAGAGCUCACAGCCCAAGGGGUCUUGGAGCCAUCUUCAAAGGACUGAGACCUGGGACCCUCCUCCAGGCUGUCCAUACUCCUUGCUCUAAUGGAC